CCUCUCUCUCUCUCUCUCUCUCUCUCUAAAACCAUUUCGAUUCCUCGCGUAGAAAAUCGUGGGAAUUUGUUGGGAAUUAUUGUUAUUUUUAAUUUUGUUUUUAUUAUGUUGCAGCGAUUCGUCGAUCACGUCCUCGCCGUAACAAAAGAAUCUGUGAAGACAUUCACUUAUGAAUCCCUGAAUAGUAUUGCAAGGUUGAUAAAUGGGGUUUCGGCACUCUUGUUGACAAUAUUGCCAGGGAAGGCUAACUUGUUAGAGGGAAUCCAUGGCUGGGAGCUCAGACCUACAUUCCGAGGACCUCGCCUUCCUCGGUGGAUGGAAAAUGGCGUUUCAUCAUUCAAUGAGUUCAUUCAUGAGCUUUCUGUGGAUUCUGACACUUCAUCGACCACUGGUUCCAUAUCUAGUGAAGAUGAUAACGAUGAUAAUAUUUACCCUGCCUCUCCUUUGUCUCAGUCUUCACGUUUGUCUCAUUCAAGCAGUAUCACCAGAUAUGAUAGACGCUUAAUACGCUCUAUACGACGCAUACUUUCCUGGAUUCUGUGGCCUGCCACAGUUGUUCUUUGGUUGCCAUUUAUCUUAUUCCAAUCUGCCAGAUCUAGGAGACGUGAAUCAGUUUCUCCUGGCAACCCAGAAACUCACCAGCUGUUAGGUCGUCGCAUUGCUAGAAGGUCAUUUCACAUAAAAGACCAUGUUGUUCAGCGUACUACUGACAGACGGCGUGGAGUUUUUGAGGAUCUCCAGCUGGCAAUUGAGAUAUUCAUUGAAUCAGUUUUCGAGACGGUUCACAAUGCAGCACACCUUGUUCUUUCUCCUUCUGAGGUUUGGCAGAAAUUAUAUUCUUUGGUUUCGCUUCGUGGAAGCAGUGGGAAAGUUACCUAUGAUAGUGAUUCCGAUGAAGCUGUUGUUCCAACUGCUACCGUUGGCAGUGUUGAUCCAACUCCAGCUGAAAGACGGACUACAUUUCACCAUUCUUUAAACACAGACUCGCGGACAUGUGAAGAUGUCAUAAGUGAGCUUGGCUAUCCUUACGAGGCUAUACGUGUGGUUACAGAUGAUGGAUAUGUGCUUCUUCUGGAGAGAAUUCCUAGGCGUGAUUCUCAGAAGGUUGUGUAUCUACAACAUGGGAUAUUGGAUUCAUCGAUGGGUUGGGUGUCUAAUGGUGUUGUUGGUUCUCCGGCAUUUGCUGCCUAUGAUCAAGGUUAUGAUGUUUUUCUUGGGAAUUUACGUGGUUUGGUUUCCAGGGAGCAUGUUGACAAGAAUAUUUCUUCACGCAAGUACUGGAAAUACUCGUUGAACGAGCACGGAACAAAAGACGUACCCGCAAUAAUUGAGAAAAUACACGAAAUCAAAACUUCAGAGUUAAGCAAAAACCACCAACCCGUUACUGAAGACGACGCCGCCAACAACCAACCCUACAAACUCUGUGCAGUUUGCCACAGUCUAGGAGGAGCGGCGAUGCUAAUGUACGUAAUAACACGUAGAAUGGACAGCAAGCCUCACCGCCUAUCAAGGUUAAUCCUCUUAUCUCCUGCCGGCUUCCAUGAGGAUUCUACCAUAUUAUUCACUAUCGUAGAGAAACUAGUACUGCUAAUCGGUCCAAUACUCGCCCCUGUAGUACCCGGUCUCUAUAUACCAACUAGAUUCUUCCGGAUGCUUCUAAACAAGUUGGCUCGAGAUUUUCACAACUAUCCGGCUUUGGGCGGCCUGGUCCAAACCCUAAUGGGCUACGUUGUUGGGGGCGACAGCUCGAAUUGGGUCGGAGUUCUUGGAUUGCCACACUAUAAUAUGUACGACAUGCCGGGGGUGUCAUUUUAUGUCGCUCUUCACCUCGCGCAAAUUAAGCGAGCGAGAAAGUUCAUAAUGUAUGAUUACGGAAGUGCUUCUGCGAAUAUGGAAGCGUACGGUUCACCGGAACCGUUGGAUUUGGGGGAGCGGUACAACCUAAUUGAUAUCCCCGUUGAUUUGGUUGCGGGGAUUAAGGAUAGAGUGAUUCGGCCUUCGAUGGUGAAAAAGCACUUCAAGUUGAUGAAAAGGGCCGGAGUGGCGGUGUCCUACAACGAGUUCGAGUAUGCUCAUUUGGACUUCACUUUCUCGCACAGGGAGGAGCUUUUGGCUUACGUGAUGAGUCGGCUAAAUCUUAUCGAACAUCCGCAACAGCAACGAAUGAAUCCAGCUACCGUGAGGCUUCGGAAAUUAAACAAAGCCCAGCCAAAAAUCUGCGACGAUGACGACAACGGUGCAUUGGAAGGUAAGAAUGGCACUUUAGGAGGGGAUUUACAAAGAAACGACGAAAUUACGCCUGAUUCAUGAAAAUUGACACAAAUACUCUUUACUGUACUUCAUGAUGUAGCUUCUUUAUGUGAAUAGACUCGUGCAACUUUUAUCGGUAUAGGAUGUACCGAGCUGUUGUAAAAGAUCUGGGUCGUCAAAUGUGCGCGCUGUAAGCAUCCCCUUUCAAUAGUGGUGAUGUCUGCGACCGUAACAGGGGAUUGAUCUUUUUUCUUGUAUCCCUUGAAUAUAUCAGUCAUCAGAUGUAGUCUUUUGUAAACUUGUACCGAAACUAUCAAACACCUUUGUAUACGAAGUUGUUAGUGUUCUUUUCAAACAUUGUUUAUUA